AUGGUCCGGCGAUUGGAACGCCAAGUGAAGAGCAGCGACUUCUUCAUCAAGACUCUUUGGAAGAACGUAGAGUCCGAGCUUGUACUCCUGUGGGGUUCCGAAUUUGGUCCAGAGCUCAACUUGAGCGAGAACUUGAUUAGUGAAGGAGUUGGACAUGACGAAGGAAGGAUGUCCGGUGGCACAUCCAAGGUUGACAAGGCGUCCCUCGGCAAGAAGGAUGAUAUGACGUCCGUUCUUGAGAGUAGCAGCUUGUGUUCAUUUCGAAAUUACCUGUGGCUUGAUGGUGUCUUUCUUGGUGGCGUUGGCGUUGAGCCACUUGACGUCAAUCUCGCAAUCGAAGUGUCCAACAUUGCAGACGAUGGCGUCAUUUGGAAGAAGCUCGAAGUGCUUUCCGGUGACAAUAUCCUUGCAUCCGGUGGUGGUGACAAUGAUAUUGGCCUUUGGAGCAGCCUCCUCGAGGGUGGUAACUUCGUAUCCUUCCAUGGCGGCUUGAAGAGCAUUGAUUGGAUCGAUUUCGGUGACGAUAACACGAGAACCGAAAGCCUUGAGCGAGGCGGCAGAUCCCUUUCCGACGUCUCCGUAUCCAGCAACAACGGCAACCUUUCCAGCGAGCAUGACAUCAGUAGCACGUUUGAUUCCGUCUGGGAGAGACUCACGAAUUCCGUACAAGUUGUCGAACUUGGACUUGGUAACAGAGUCAUUGACAUUGAUUGCUGGAAUCUUGAGAUCUCCCUUUGCGAGCAUCUUGGCCAAGUUGUGAACUCCGGUGGUGGUUUCCUCCGAAAGUCCACGGAUUCCAGGAAGGUACUGGGAGUACUUGGCGUGAACCAAGUUGGUCAAAUCGCCUCCAUCGUCGAGGAUCAUGUUGAGUGGUUGCCCAUCCUUGAAGACGAUGGUCUGCUCAAUGCACCAUUCGUAUUCCUCGUCGGUUUCUCCCUUCCAGGCGUAAACUGGAACUCCGGUUUUGGCGAUAGCGGCAGCUGCGUGAUCUUGAGUGGAGAAGAUGUUGCAGGAUGA